AUGGUACGUACCAAAGCAUCCAUGAUUUUGCUAGUUGCUUCUACUGCAAAGUUACCUACACAUUUAAAUCCGAUGACAAAACAUUUAAAACAUCAUAUGUUAUCAUGUGCGACACGAACUUCAGAAGGGAAAGAAGUUGGGUCAUUACAAAAAUUAAUCAAAUCAAAACGGCCAGUCCAUUCAUUAGCCGAAAAAACUGUAGCACAAAUGAAAAACAAAUUGACUCAAUGGGUUUGCUUCUGUCCACAAGGUCCAUUUUUGGUUGUAAAGGGUCUCGUAAUAAUAUCACUACCCAAGCAUUGUAUGGUGAAAGUAACAACAACGAUAUUAUAA